UGCUGACAAAUGUAUUGUUUAAAAUAUGUUCUUUGUUGUCAAAAAAAAGUAAAGGUCUUCAAUUAAAAUGUUUAAGCAUUUUCUUGACGAGAAUCCUCAUAAAAAUAACAGAUUAUCCACUAAAAAGCGUCACAAACGAAAGAGAAAGAUUAAUCAGAAUAAACAAAUAGGCGCUAAGAAAGACAGAAAGAGGCAUAACAAGUUGAGCUUUGCUAUGUCGGAUUGGGCCGAGAACUUCGCAUCUGCAGCAAAUUGGCAAUUGAAACAUCAGCUCGCUUAUUGGAAAGCACGUGCGAAGAGCCUCGAAUAUGAGAACAAAGUGCUACACGAUAUAAUAAGAAAGAAAUAUUACGUUGCAACGACGUCUGAGCGCAGUGCGCGAGCUGAAACCGAAUCUGAAGAGGAUAAAUCAGAUGACACAGAAGAUAUAGGAGACGAAGACGAAGAUUUCGAGGUUAGUGAAGAGUUCAUACAGUUUUUAACGGCAAACGCGAAGUACAAAGAAGAGGCGCGACUCGAAAAAGAACGUUUGAAAGUCGCCAAUGAAGCUAAGGAAAAUUUUGAUGCAAUGAUGGAAGAAGCCGCCGUUGAAACUGCGGAGCAAAGGCAAGAAAGGCUAAAGGAGUUGUAUGGGAGUGACUGGCAAAGGAUAUCGGCGUUAGAAGCUGCAUUAAAUUCGAAAUAUAUUGAUGAGAGUGAUAGAUUGAAACCUGUAUAUUGGCCACAUUUGCCAUUUAAUUUGAACUAUAGUUGAUUAUGUGAUGUAUGUAACUAUAGUUGAUGAUGUGUUAUUUGUUUGUAUGAUGUUUUGUUAUGUGUAAAAAAUAUGUGUACAUGUUUUGAUAAUCAUAAUUCCUCCCCGGAGGGGAAGCCCUUGACUGCUCGACUCGGAUUUGCAUCUGUAUAAUAUUUUGCUUAGUUCAUUCAUUAAUAUUUUCAACAUAUAUAUUUAAUAAUAUGAUAAUUUUGAUAUAUUCUGUUUUCUAUUUAUAUUACUUUACUGUAAAAUGUAAUAAGAAAUUAAAUAAAUGGAUGAACAUAUGUACAAACAAAGGUUCUCUGUGUGAUAAAUCCAAUUAGGUUGUUUGGGGGGAAAGGGCUUGUUAGUAAUGAGGUCUGAAGGUCCUAUUGCUACCAAUCAAGUAACCUCCAUGUGGUUUCCCAUGGAAACCUUUUUUGUUGAACUUGUCGCUAUAGGCCUGACUUGCUCACCUAUCUUCUCUCACUGGUACAGAAGGUACCUUCUAAUAUGAAUUUCUAUUUAUUUCUCUUUAAAUUGUAAUGAAUUUAAAUGUUUAUUAUUAUUAUAGAUUGAUUAUAUAUAAAACAAUAAUUUGAUUAAAAUUUCUUUCAUAUAA